AUGGCCGGGGGCGUGUCCGCAUCCGAUAUGCUGGACCCGAGCGCCAACCUCAUGUCCGACUUGCAGGACCAGAUUAAUAUGCUGCCCAUGGACCUCGAUCUCAACGACCCCAGCCUCGAUGUCUCGCUGAGCAACGUGCCCUUCGCCGACCCUUCGGCCUUUGGCAACAACCAGAACUCCAUGUCGCUCGCAGCGCAAACCCUCCACCAGCAUGACGACGGCCAGGGCAACCACAUGUCGGGCAUUGGCGCCGGUCCGCUUCCCACUGGCUUCGGCAUGGGCCCUCCCUCCAACGGCGGCAACACUCUGACCGAGUUCACCAAGCGACGCAACUGGUCGCAACGCGUUAUUGAAGAGCUCAGGGACUUUCUACACAUCCUGACCCCCGACGGUCGCAUCCUCUACGUGUCACCCUCCGCCAAAACCCUCACAGGCUACGAGCCACGCUAUCUGGUCGGCAAGUUCAUCGGCGAGUUUGUGCAUCCAGAGGAUAGUGGCAUCUUCAUGCGCGAGUUCAACGAAUCUAUAGCCUCGGGCAAUCCCUUGCGCUUCUUCUACCGUUUCAAGAGAGAGGACGGUACAUAUAUCAUCUUCGAGUGCGAUGGCCAUCCACACAUCUCGUCUGAACAGAGUGCCUAUGGUCACAUGAGUGGCUCGGGCCAGGGCGCCAUGAGCGCUGCCGGUCUUUGCAGAGGCUUCUUCAUGAUGGCACGCCCCUAUCCCACAAAGAACGCCGCCCUGCUCGACUCUUUUCUGGAGCACAAGAUCGAGAAUGAGCGCUUGAAGAAAAGGAUCGAAGAGUUGAAGAGGGAAGAAGUUGAAGAGAACCAGGUGCAAGAAAGACAGUGGCAGGAACAAUCCAGACGUGACACUUCCGAGGCCGGUCGCGUCGAGGGCUCAAGCGAGCAUAGCAAAACCCCAAACUACCAAGGCAUGCCGCCACCCGCCAAGCCUCCAAUAUCAAAUACUGCUCUUACUCGUCAAAAUCUGGACAGCGCUCUAUCAGCACAACAACCUGACAGCAUAGCGGACAAGAUGUCCCGCUAUGAGGGCUCGAACCAUCUUGAGACUAUUGAGAUGCUGACUGGCUUGCGCUACCGCGAUGGUGAGCGAAGUCACGGAAUUUCGACUGGCGACACAUCACCCGCACUCAUAAGAGGCGACGCUGGCAUUGCAAUAUUACUCGAUAGGGACCGCGAUGGAACUAAAGAAAAGAAGAAGAAGCUUAAAGUUGCCGAGGAAUACGUGUGUGCAGACUGUGGUACUCUUGACAGCCCCGAAUGGCGCAAGGGUCCCAAGGGUCCCAAGACACUGUGCAACGCGUGCGGCUUGCGAUGGGCUAAGAAGGAAAAGAAGAGGGCGGUGGGUGAUAGCGGCGCAAAUUCGAAUGCCGGUAUGACUCCUGGGGGGGUGCCAUCACUAUUGCACAAGGAUAGUAGUGGGAGCAAUUGA